AUGACUUCCUCUCCUCCUCCUUCCCUUGUCCUGACCAGCUCCGAUGGCGCCGACAUCACAGUCCCCCGCGAAGUUGCUGAGCGCUCCCUUCUGAUUAAGAACAUGCUUGAGGACUUGGGUGAUGCCUCCGAAGCUAUCCCCAUUCCCAACGUCAACGAAGCUGUCCUGAAGAAGGUGAUCGAAUGGUGCCAGCACCAUAAGAACGACCCUCCCAGCACCAGCGACGAUGAUGACUCCCGCCGCAAGACUACCGAUAUCGAUGAGUGGGACCAGAAGUUCAUGCAGGUUGACCAGGAGAUGCUGUUUGAGAUUAUCUUGGCCGCCAACUACCUUGAUAUCAAGGCUCUCCUCGACGUCGGCUGCAAGACCGUCGCCAACAUGAUCAAGGGCAAAUCCCCCGAAGAGAUUCGCAAGACCUUCAACAUUCAGAACGACUUCACUCCCGAGGAGGAGGACCAGAUCCGUCGUGAGAACGAGUGGGCUGAGGAGUGA